AUGGCGCAGCCCGAGCCCGAGCGCGGCGCCGCAGCCCGCGGGGAGCCGGGCCCCCGGUGCGAGCUGUGCCCGGCCGGCGCGGCCGAGUGGAGCUGCCUCACCUGCCUGGCCUCCUACUGCGGGGCCCACGUGCGGCCGCACCUCGGGGCGCCCGGCGGGGCGCCCGCCUUCCGCGGGCACCGCCUGGGCCCGGCCGGGGAGGCGGCGGCCGAGCUGCGGGCGCUGCGGGAGCGGGGCCGCUGGUGCCCCGAGCACCGGGAGCGGCCCCUGGAGCUGUUCUGCGCCGAUUGCGCGCUCUGCGUGUGCGCCCUGUGCCCGGUGCUGGGCGCCCACCGCGGCCACCGCGUCAGCCUGGUGGGGCAGGCCGCGCAGGCCACCAAGGAAUUCAUGACAACGUACUUGAAGGAGCUAGAAUUGAAAAAGAAACAGGAAGUUGGCAAUAUAAGACACAUAGAACAAGCUGUUAAUGACCUUAAGGCACACGCCUCGGCGAGUAAAGCAUCUCUGGCAGGGAAGUUCACCGAACUCCGGUUACUACUUGAUGAAGAGGAGAGGUUGACAAAAAAAUUCAUAGAUGAAAAGACUCACCGGGCCCUCAUGAUGUAUGAGCAGCAGACGGAGACAUGUCAAGAACAAAUUCAAAUCAUAGAGAGCUUCUCAGACCGGGUCAGGCAGAUCCAGCAGCGAAGUGAUCCCAUUCAGUUAUUACAGGACUACACGGCAUCAGAAAAAGAAAUACAGCAGCAGAGGGCUCCAGCGGAACAGUGGCAUCCGGUGCCUAUGUCAUUUGAGCAUGUUAUGAACCAUUACAGGGGCUUAGCAAGAGCUAUGCAGUCCAUUCUGCAGAAACCUUUAGAAGCUCGUCUGAAAGAAGACAUUUUCAGCAGCCUUAAUGCCACUUCAAAGAAGGAGCCUGGUGCAUUGCUGAAAACACGAUCUACAGUUGAUCGAUCGUUAUUUUUAAAACAUGCGAGAUCUCCAACCCUGGAAUACGAUAGCCUUCAUCCCAGGUUGAGUUUGUCUGAGGAUCGUCUUACAGUAAGCUGCAGCUGGAGGAGGAAAUUUUACCCUUCUAGCCCCCAGAGAUUUGAUAAAUUAUGGCAAGUCUUGAGCAAAGAUGCUUUCUUCUCUGGGAGCCAUUACUGGGAGGUGGACGUGCUUCACGCUGGACAAGGAUGGUGGAUUGGAGCAGCAUACCCUUCCAUCAAGAGACAUGGAGACUCCGAAACUUGUCGACUAGGGUGGAACAGAGCAUCCUGGUGUAUAAAAAGGUUUGACCUUGAAUAUUGGGCAUUUCACAAGGGAGAGAGGACCCUGAUCCUGAUAGAUGAUGUUCCAGAACGAAUUGGUGUUUUCCUGGAUUACGAGGCUGGCAUCCUCUCGUUCUAUAAUGUAACGGAUGGUAUGGUCCACCUGCAUACAUUCCGCUGCAAGUUCACGGAGCCUCUUUACCCAGCACUUAGGCUAUGGGAAGGUGCAAUAACAAUCUGCAAACUGACUUAGGAAGUGAUGAGACAAAGACAUGAACUGGAGCCUGCUUUUCAAUUAUUUGUAUGUAAAACCACUUUAAAAGGAGUUAUAAAUUAAUUCUCGCUGAUUACAGCAACCAUGCUGUAAAGCUUUAAAGGGUUUAGCUACAGGUACAUGUCUGACUCAAUACUGAUCACUAACAUGUGAUUCUUAGUACCUAGUACAGAUAAAUACUCAGGUCUUUGUCAGAUCAAAUACUUAAGAAGAUACUAUUAUAAAUAAGUGAUUUUUACACGAUUGUAUUUUCAAAGUGCUCUUCUGCCAUUUAUGAAUGACACUUCAGGUUAUGGAAUUGUAGGAAUCCUCCUCAGGGUGUCUAAAAGACUAAAGCAAUUUUACACUAUUUUUGUAGUGGAUUGUGAUUUACAAAAUAGAACACAGUUCCAUUUUAAUUACAUGAUAGCCAUCAUAGUUUAUGCAAUUGACAUUUGGAACAGGAGCCAGCAGUCCAUUUUAUUAAACUACUACCUUACCUCCAGCUGGCUGGAGAGAUUACCAUCUUGCAUAGGUAUUACUCUGAGCUUGGCUUAUGUAGGAUACAACUUUUAGUUUAAUUUUGUUAUUUCAGUUUGAAUUUGGAGAACAGAUCCAGUAACCGCAAUCGCUCAGGGUAAAAAGCUUCAUCCACUUCCAAGAACAAUCAAAGGGUUGUUUUCAUUGUUGCCUAAAACUCAUUUCAGAUUUUCCUGGAGUGAGGACUUCUAUAUCUACACUAACUAGCUAGUGUUAUUUGGGGUCCAGUAACUAGAGCUUGACUUGAACUGAUUUAAGUAGUACAGCACACUGGCCAGUGGGGGAAGCCUGUCCUACUGUUUUACAGUCAAACUUCCUGUAGCUGCCUCCUUCUCCAGAAAUGCAGACUGCAGCAGGUCUGAAGGUGGCCACCUUUCACCCAUAUACUAGCAGGGUAGUGUGGGAGGAAGCACUAUGAUGCUGUACAGCCCCCAUCACUCCCUAUUUGGAAGUCGGAGGCAUGUGGAAAAGGACCAUCUCCACAUUAGAGUCUAGCUACAUUGUCACUUCCAUUGCAGAGCUUAGGGAGCUGGGAGAUAUUCCUUUAAUUUCUCUCUAGCUUUCACUUCCAAAGGCACUCAAUUAGUGCUGCUUAACGAGGACAGUGUUUUACCACACUCACAUGUAAGCAGGUUGUUGACUGUUGCUCUUAAAAUUGCGUGUGCAUAAGAGUGGUGGUUUGUUCUUUUCCCAAAUCCGUAAUACUUAAAAUUCAGAAGGAUUUCUUAGACUGUAUCCAGAGAAGUCCUUUUUCUAGUGUAGACCCACCUGUACUGCUUUAACUACUGUAUUCACUAACCUUGUGAGAGCACAGGCCUAGAAGACACCUUGGUUUCCAAUGCCAGAGGCACACCUACACUAAUGUUCUCAUCUGUGCAUGGGCUAUUAAGAAAAAUGCAAAGGCUAGGUCUCCUCUUUAAAAUGAAAUGGCAAAGUAGCAGCUUUUAUUUGACAAACUUGAUUUAUUUUUGUUUUCAAUAAAAAUGUUUCUUUCAACAAUCA